CCGGUGUCCGUGGCAUCGCGCUCCGAGUUGGCAGUUGUUGGCAUCCCUUUGUUGACAACGUGAAGGUUCCACGUGAUUCCACCGAGAGGCAAUACGCACACAGACCCGAAUACAGACACACGUACGCAUACAGACUCCACACGCCGUUCAGACACGCACACGCGAUAUUUCUUUCUCUCUCUCUCUCUCGUCUGAGGAAUUUGUUUCAGCACAGCCCUUCGCCAUGGCUGGGUUUGCGUGCAGGUCCUUCUUCAGAAUGGCUGUGGGAUGUCGUGGUCCUGUGCUCAAGACUGGGGCGAGGGGACUUGCCGUUACUAAAGCCUUGUACAUGCCGCCCCAUAGAAAGGACCCCAAGAAGAUGACCCUGGAGGACUGGCAGAAAGAAUUGACGCCUGAACAGUACUAUGUCACAAGAGAAGGAGGGACUGAACCGCCUUUCAGUGGAGCAUACUACAAUCACUUUGCAGAUGGAAUGUAUCAGUGUGUUUGCUGUGGUACAGAUUUGUUCAGUUCUAAGACAAAGUAUGAGUCAGGCAGCGGCUGGCCCUCCUUUCACUCGGCCGAAGGUAAGUCUCUUGGAGAUGCUGCCACCGAAGUUGUAGAAACGCGUACUGACAGGUCUCACUCCAUGGUGCGAACAGAAGUCCACUGCCAAAAGUGUGCAGCUCAUCUGGGUCAUGUCUUUCCUGACGGGCCAGAGCCAACAGGACUCCGCUACUGUAUCAACUCUGCCUCGUUGAAGUUCAUGCCAAAGAAGAUGAAAUAGGCUCAGUUGUCUACCAAUUUUGUUGUUACGGGAAUUGUGUUUAACCUUGUGACUUGUAAUGGAAAGAUUUUGCGUGUUUAGGUUGUGUGAUGGAAGCGAAGAUACUGUCUCUUGAUUUGUGAUGGAAGGAAAGAGUGGGCCUGAAGUGAUUGAUAACCAAAGUAAUGAAGAAAAAUUUUUGUUUUCUCUCAUUUGAGUUGGUUGAUAUAAUGGUUAAUAAGUGCAUCAUAGGUGAAAAUGACAAGGUGUGUGGGCAUACCAGGACUUUUUGUGCCAAAAAAGUUUUACAUAUAAACAGUGAUUCUAAUUUGCCAGCAAAAAUUGAUCAUAAGAUCUCUGUCCCAUAGAAGUUUUACAUAUUUUCCCCUGUUUAUUUACACAGAAACAUGCACACAAAUAUGGGCAUACUACGGCUGAUCUAAAUGAAUAUAAUAUCUGGGUUUUUCUGUAAUAUUGUUCAUUUAAUUAUUUAAAAACUCAAGGAAUAUAGAAAAUAAACAGUAUUUAGAGGCUGCUCCAGCAAGAUUUAGUUCCACAUUGUAAAACCAAUGUUAUGGUACUUAGGUGACCUCUAGAUUCUUCUGGUUAAUCUAGGUAUUAUCUAUUAUCCAUCCAAGAGAGUGAUUUCUCAGUAACUGAACACUCAUUUGUAUGUAGUUAAGGUUGAUUUUAGUGCAUCAGAGAAGGGGCAAAGAUACUUAUUGGCCACACAAGCAAGGAACAGGAGAUAUUUCUUGUCGUAGAUGUUACUGCUGUUGAAACUUCAAAAUCAGUGAUCCAUACAGCAUUAUAGGAUUGUUAAGGUCCUGCUCGGAUAUAUUUGAACAGUCCUCCAUGGCAUUCACAUUUGGAGAUAAAUCCCUUUUCCUGUGCUGUGGAGCCUCAUCUUCAGAAAUUUUGCUUUCUGACGUGUAAUAUGGGGUUAAAAGUAGACACCAGCCACCAUUACAUAUCUACUAAAUGGAUAUAUAUUCUUAAUUGUUUAGAUUACACAUGUGAAUACUUAAGCAAGCUUUAUUUUGCUUUUUUCCUCUCUUUUAUUUCUCUCUCUCUUUUUUGAUCGGUCAUUUCUGUCUCAAAAGAAACAAUAUUAGAGAGUAACCUAAUUACAAUUCAGGAUUUUAUGAGUUGUACCACUAAAAAGCAUAAAUACAUUUAUACAUGAAUAUGUAAAAACAGUAAUUGUUUAUUUGUAAGAACAAUGCAGUAGGACAUUUUUUCAGUGUAUAUUUGUAUUACAAAAAUCAAAAGUGUGCAAAGGAAUUUCUUUAUAAAAAAGAAAUAUUAGAUGAUAAUGAUUCCUUUUGUAAAGGAGAUAAUGGUCACAGAAUGUGAAUAAAGGAAGUCUGUGAUAUUCACAAGAUUUUAACAGUACUACAAUACACAUGUUAAAAUUUGCCAUUUGUACAACCUAAAGACAUGGUUUUACAAAAGCGUAAGCAAUAUUAUGUGGAAAGCAAUAAUGAAAUUGUAAAUGUUUGUAAAGAUCUAAAGGAAAAGAUAUAUUUUCAGUGUUUGUAAUGUGGGUUAGGGUAUGACUGAUGUGUGAUAGUGUAUGUAUGAGGAAAAAAAAAGAAUUAUAGUUUGGUUAUUUUGUAAAUCAGAUAUACUCCAAUUCCUUUCCUUUUAGAUUCCUUAUGAGGA